AUGGCGAUGGUAGCGUGGAGGAACGCGGAGGGCGUCGGGGACCCUCAGGGGGGGCUCUCCUCGCCGGUGUCCCAGGUCCCAGGUCCCCUGUCUCUGCCCGGGGAGCUGACUGGACACAUGAACCCUGCGACCUCUCUGGAUUUACCGCAAGCGGCGGCGGCGGCGGCGGCGGCAGGCGCGCCUCCUGGAGCACCGAGCAACCCGGCCGGACCCGCCGCAGCGGCCACCGCCAGCACCGCCAGCACCCACCACGGCACCUCCUCCUCCUCCUCCUCCUCCUCCUCCAUGGACAAGCAGCAGAGCCAGCAGAUCGAGUGCAUCGUGUGCGGGGAUAAAUCCAGCGGGAAGCACUACGGACAGUUCACCUGUGAGGGAUGUAAGAGCUUCUUCAAGCGCAGCGUCCGCAGGAACCUGACCUACACCUGCCGGGCCAACCGGAGCUGCCCGGUGGACCAGCACCACCGGAACCAGUGCCAGUACUGCCGCCUCAAGAAAUGCCUCAAAGUGGGCAUGAGGAGGGAAGCUGUCCAGAGGGGCCGGCUGCCCACCCAGUCCUACCACGGACAGUUCGCCCUGACUAACGGAGACCCCCUGCAGUGCCACUCCUACCUGUCCGGCUACAUCUCGCUGCUGCUGCGCGCGGAGCCGUACCCGACGUCCCGGUUCGGGUCCCAGUGCCUGCAGAGCAACAACAUCAUGGGCAUCGAGAACAUCUGCGAGCUGGCGGCGCGCAUGCUCUUCAGCGCCGUGGAGUGGGCGCGCAACAUCCCCUUCUUCCCGGACCUGCAGGUCCCGGACCAGGUGGCCCUUCUGCGCCUCACCUGGAGCGAACUGUUCGUGCUCAACGCGGCGCAGUGCUCCAUGCCCGUGCACGUGGCCCCGCUGCUGGCGGCCGCCGGCCUGCACGCGUCCCCGAUGUCCGCGGACCGCGUGGUGGCCUUCAUGGACCACAUCCGGGUCUUCCAGGAGCAGGUGGAGAAGCUGAAGGUGCUUCACGUGGACUCUGCGGAGUACAGCUGCAUCAAGGCCAUCGUGCUGUUCACCACAGACGCAUGCGGCCUGUCGGACGUGGCGCACGUGGAGGGCCUGCAGGAGAAGUCGCAGUGCGCCCUGGAGGAGUACGUGCGCUCGCAGUACCCCAACCAGCCCAACCGCUUCGGGAAGCUGCUGCUGCGCCUGCCGUCGCUGCGCACCGUCUCGUCCUCCGUCAUCGAGCAGCUGUUCUUCGUGCGCCUGGUGGGGAAGACCCCCAUCGAGACCCUGAUCCGGGACAUGCUGCUGUCCGGCAGCAGCUUCAACUGGCCCUACAUGUCCAUCCAGUAA